UCGACCGCGCUCAUACAGCAUGGAUCAGUUCUAUGCACCAGGCAAGUUCUCCAUGUCUGCUAUUACUUCUUUCUUCCAAGAAAACAAAAACGCUCUAUUUGGUAUAGCAGCUACUGGCGCACUUGUCGUCGGAAUUGGCCUGUCUAGGUCUAGCUGCGCAGCCACAGGGUGUGGUCCAACUUUCAAACAAAACCACACGGCGAUAGCUGAUUACCCAGACAUGCGUAUGUACAACAACUUAAUGGCAAAACACCUAACACCUCGUCUUUACGCCAAACUGCGAGAUAGGAAAACCGCAAGUGGGUUUACAUUGGACAAUGCUAUUCAAUCUGGUGUAGACAACCCCGGCCAUCCAUUUAUCCUUACUGUGGGAGCAGUAGCUGGAGACGAAGAGUCGUACAAAACUUUUGCGGAGUUGUUCGACCCGAUUAUCGAAGAACGUCAUAAUGGCUACAAGAAAACAGAUCUGCAUCGGACAGACUUAGAUUCGUCUAAAAUCCGAGGAGGAAAGUUAGACGAGCGCUUUGUGUUGUCGUCUCGAGUGCGCACUGGAAGAUCCAUCAGGUCUUUCAGUUUACCGCCACAUUGUUCGAGAGCAGAGAGACGAAAAGUUGAAAAAAUUAUUACCAGGGCAUUGGCUGGAUUGCAAGGUGAAUUGUCUGGUCGUUACUACCCCCUGAGCGAGAUGACACCAGAAGAGCAACAACAACUGAUUGACGAUCACUUCCUGUUUGACAAACCAGUCUCCCCACUCCUCACGUGUGCCGGCAUGGCACGUGACUGGCCUGACGCGCGGGGAAUCUGGCACAACCACGACAAGAACUUCCUUAUUUGGGUCAACGAAGAGGACCACAAGCGCAUCAUUUCUAUGGAGAAAGGAGGAGACAUGCGCGCAGUGUUUGACCGCUUUUGUCGAGGGCUUCACGAGGUGGAAAGACUUAUUAAACGUCAAGGGCACGAAUUUAUGUGGAAUGAACACCUGGGAUAUAUCCUUACCUGUCCGUCCAAUCUUGGAACAGGACUCAGAGCUGGAGUGCAUAUUAAACUACCACAUCUUUCAAAGAACCCACGAUUUAACGAGAUUCUGGAAUAUCUACGACUACAGAAACGAGGAACUGGUGGGGUAGACACGGCAGCUGAAGGAGGCGUUUUCGACAUCUCCAAUCUGGACAGACUAGGUUUUUCCGAAGUGGAACUUGUCCAGAAAGUGAUUGACGGUGUCACUCUCCUAACAGUGAUGGAGAAGAGACUAGAAACUGGCCGACCAAUAAACGACCUCAUACCAUCGUCAAAGAAAUCGGAGAGAAUUCAAUGAUGAGGACAGGACAGGACAACUUAAACGACGCGGAAAAUGACAAAUGUAAAAUAUAGUUGCAGUUGUUCGUGGCAAGUUCAAUUGCCUCACGAGGGCGUAACUGCUUUUGAACUGGCGCAAUUACCGAUGUAAGGAGCAGACAGUUUUCAAAGAUCUUUUCAAGGUUAUCAUUCAAAAACGAAGUCAAUGCAGUUUUGGGAGAGAGCUUUAUCCUUUGCAUCUGAAAUGUACAGCCAAACAGACGGAGAAAAAAAAAGAUGGACCAAGUUCGAAUAAAAGAUAAACCCCCCCCC